CGCACAAGCAAAACACACACUCGACAUCAGCAGACCAAUGAAUGGCACUGAUGAUAAUGGCCCGCAUGCAGCAUUACCAUCGUCCUUCGUGUCGCUAAGGUCCGUUGGUACCACGACGUUCGAGGCCAAGACGGUGUCAGCUUCUGAGGACGAUCAGUUCUACGGCUGGCAGCUCCUUUUCUACUCGAUCCGGCGAAGCAUACGCAAGAAGGCAGACCUGCUGCUGGCACUGGCCCAUUUCCUCGUCACCAAGCAGUAUCAUCUCCGGAGCGUGGACCCGGAGCACGGGCAGGGCAUCAGGAUGAGCGCCGGGAGUAGACUAAUUCCGGUGGAUCCCGGCAGAGGUGGCAGCGAGUUGCUGCCAAUGCACUGGAACCGGGAGUCCUCUAAGUAUCGGCUGCACUAUGUGGACGAGUUGGACCACCAGUACGUCUUGCUGGCUAGGCUUACGCAUCAGGAUCUGGUGAUCAAUCUGCAGAACUGGACAAGCAAGCGAAUGUCCAUCACCUGCCUGCAGCCGGAGGACCUGGUCCAGACCCUCCACAAUUCAGAUUUGGGCCAGUGCAUUCCCACCGCCCAUCAGGUUAUGCAUCAUUUGCGCGUUUAUCUGGUGAAUCCGGUGGUACGGGGCCGCAGAAAGGGCUUACCUGAGUCCAGACCCGAUUCCUUGAAGGGUAAUUAUAAUCUCUGUCAUAGUGUCACUGCCUUGGGGAGUGAGAAAUCAGAAUAAAGCCACACGAUGCUUGGGGGUGAAAUAUA